GGUAGAUCAGGGUAACAGAGACGAUGGUAAUUAACCAAUUCCUGCAACAGUAAAGCUCACUUGAAUGAGAUAAGAGCUAAAAGAAAGCUUUAAAAAAGUGAAAACGUACUUUUAAUCCCUCUACCCAGAAAAAAAAAAAACAUGGGGGCAAAAAUCAUACGCUUAUCAAGAGUUACAGAAUGGAGUGGAGAUAAGAAAGUGAGCUUUGAGGAUAUGCUAAUAAAAUAGCAGAUUACCUCAUGCUGGUUGCCUGUCACGUGAUGGCUUUUCAAGUUUAGCUUCCGGUCUUUAUUGACACCCGCUCUUGCAACAUGUUUUCUGUGGCUUGGCAAAAAAGAAUAGCAUUUUGAAUACUGCCAAUCAUAUGGAAAUAAAUUACCAGACUUUAUAUCGAAAGGAGAAAGAUAGCGAAUGUACGAGGAUAGAUCCUAAUUUUAGAUCGCAGAUGAUGAAAGAACUGACAGUUGGCCGCCGAAGCCAAAGUCAGUGCAAGGUUUCGGAAAGGCUCAGGUUGUAAACAUUAACAGCUGUAUCAUUCUGCCACGUAUCAUAUUAUCCGAAAAUACAUCAGUUUAGCAGAAUUAUGGCUAGGGAAUAGAAGAGCACACGAUUCUAUCUAGAUUACGAGACUUAUGCUAUGAAGAAAACGAACGUGAAUGCAUUAAUUUUGUGAAGUGUUCGGCUUUACUGACGUGACGGACACCUGGAAGCCGCGACUGCAGGUUGAAGCAGGGGAUGUCAUUCGCUCCAUUAAGGUCAUUUUAAAUUACCCAGAAGUAAAUACUGUGUGUCAGUUCAUCGUCAUCGCCAACAUGAGUACUGCGAAGCCUGAAAUAAGUCCUGGCAAGAUGCAGGUGAAGGAAAAAGAGAGAGGAUUGGUCUGGGGUCUCCUGGAAUCGGCAGGGGACAAUAAUGAGGGUGUACGGCAGACAGUUGCAGGAUCCCUCAUAACACUGGGCCACAAGCAUCCUGGCUUUGUUUUAUCAUCAAUUCAUAAGUUUAUCUCGAGUCCACAGACUGCACCAAAGGUGCAGGUACAAUCCAUAUUAUACAAUACAGCAGAGAACAUAGUACGUGAAUGUGGCGAAAAGAUUGAUGACAAGGAAUUGAUUGACACAUGGACAGAUGCAGCAGUUAAACUUUUAACAUUGCCAUCUGUGGCACCAGAUCUGCAAGAAGCUGCAUCAGGCCUAAUGGUUGCUUUGGGUAGUAAUCCCAAGCAUUGUUCAGCUGUGAUGGAGACUUUGGUUGGUCAAAUUCAGGCUGGCACCCUCCCUUCACAAAGCAUUGCAGAGACUCUAGGAGCUUUGGCUGUUGUUAAUGUCAAAGGAACUGUCCCUUUCAUUAAAGUAUUGUUGGGUUUAAUGGUGCAGUGUCUUCCAUCAGUAAAGCAGGACAAUUUGAAGGUGGCUUUAGCAAUGAUGCUGAGCAAGUUCUGUGAGACAAUUCAAGAGGCAAUUGCAAAUAAGGAACCUGAUCCUGAUAUCAGUGUAGAAGCUUACAUGACAGAGAGUGCUGCAAUAUUUGAAAUCUUAGUUAGCCUUUGGUUAAAAAGCUCCAAUUCUCUUGUUCGACAAGAGACAAUAGUUUGUCUGGGGCACAUGAGUCAUCUCCUCCCUAAGGAAAAACUUGAGGAACUUGCAGGGUUAGUGGUAACAACCAUUCUCUCUCUGUAUCGGAAGGCUUCUUCCCCUUAUAGCCUUACCUUCUCCCUGGCACUAAUCACUGAUGCAAUGCUAAAGAAUAACCUCACUGAAGGCAUGAAGUUCCAUGUUGACCAUUUACUAGGCUGUGUGUUCAACCAGGUGUGUGUUAUUCCUAAUUAUUCAGAGCCUUUCACUGUAAAGAACCAUUAUGAAGUUCUCAGGUGUUAUGAACUGCUGGCAAAACAUUUUCCAGAAAAUGUCAUGACACACUUGCUGCAAAGGUUAGAGAAUGCAAGUCAUAUGCAGAGGGUAGGUGCCUUGAUAGUAUCAAAGCACCUUGUAAAUAGUAAGACCCUGACAAAUUCUCAUAUAUCCAACUUGAUAUCAGCAUUGAAUCCUCUCCUAAGUGAUCCCAAUAGUAAAGUGGUAAAGAGUUUUACACAGGUUAUUGUUGCUCUCUGUCAUAAUUGCCAUUUGGAUGCACAAAGUGGAGCUCCCUUCAUUACAUAUCUUGUGAAACACUCAGCUGGGGUAUCAACACCACAGACACGAAGACCUUCUCUUGCUGAACCAGAUGGGGAAUCAGUGUCUGAAGUAAGUCGUAGGGUACUCCAUCUUUUGGCUACUACUGUGGAUGGGGCCAGGCCAUUAUUGUGGCCACAUUUGUUGAACUUUGUAUGUACUCCUGAAUAUGAAACGAGCUUAGCAACUACUCUGGGUUGUCUGGCUCAUCUUGCUAACAACAGUAAACCAGAAGAGGAUAAAGGGCCAUUGCUAACAGGCCCACCGGGUCCACCAACAGCUCAUGUUUUGUUGGCACGCCUUUUGGUGUUGAGCUGCAUUCCUGGAGAUGGAACCAUAGGCACUGCAGCUCUCACACUUCUUCAAGGUUUAGCACCUCAUGUCAAUCCUCAAGUAGUGGAACCCUGGAGCCAGCACCUCCCACAGCUGCUGGCAACAUUGCAAGAUUUUACAUCUAAGGGGGAUGCUGAACCUUCAGCAAUGCAGAUGUGGCAUGAUUCUCUCAGGGAUUUCCUUGCAUCAACAAUCAUCAAUAUCAAUAGUGAAGAAUUUACUAUUAAUGUUGGAGUGGCUCAGAUGGAUCAACUUCACUUAUAUGAUAAGCAGCAGGCACAACUCUGUUUCUUGAUGUCGCUGAUUGGAGUCACGUUAAAGCACAUGUCCAACAAAACCUUUGUGGCCACGACUCUUGACUCUUUGUUCAAUGCUACUAGUCAUAAAUCAGCUGUUGAGCGUGAGAGCCUGGCCUUGUCUGUAGGUACUGCAGCUGCAUCUCAUACAGACCUUGUUUUAACUCACAUAGAUAUGUGGCUCAAGACAGCAGAUCCUGCCAAAAAAUCACUGUCAUUUUUUAAUUUGAUCAAGCAGGAUACUCGAGUAGAAGAAUCCUCCUGGAUGCGAGCCAGUAUAGUGCUGUGUCUCGGUCAGAUUUCCACUUUGGCUCCAGCAAAUGUGAUUGGAAGCCGUGUUGAUGGCCCAAUCAUGCUUCAUCUUCUUAAUAUCAUCAAUAGUAAUAAGAGUGAAAUGGUAAAUGAAGCAGUUCUACAUGCUAUCAGCAACAUUGCCCGAGCCCUCACUCGCCUCCCUGACUUUAAGCUUCGUCAACGACCUCUGCUUAUUACACAUCUAGUCAAUACAUCUAGGAGUGAAGGUCUUCCACAUCCUGUGCUUGCUAGCGUCCUGCAGGCUUUAAGAGAUCUUGCUGCUCUUGAGCCACAGCUGAAUGUCGAAGAAAGAACGAUUAUUCUGCAGGCAGGACUGAAUGCUACAUUGCCACGUUUCUCGCAGGCUGAAAAUGUUGACCCAUAUCUUACUAAAUGCAAUGCCCAGCUUAGUGUUCUCAUCAGAACUAUCAUUCAGAAGGACACAAAUCCUGCCACCUUAGAUGAUGUGACAACACUUCUGCAGUCAUGGACAGUUGCACCGGCUGAGUUAAUAAGGAUCAAAUCUGUUGAACUGCUUCACACGGCCCUUCGUACUUAUUAUGAUCAUUUAACCUUUACAAUUGAGGGACCAACAAACUUCAACCAGACCUGUCAUCUUCUGGCCUUUCUUACACCUCGCCUGAGUGACCCAAGCUCCCAAGUGCGAACACAAGCAGUGGGUAGUGUCUAUAUGGUGUUACGCAUAGCGGGACGUUACAAUGGCCAGACUCCUGAUCAUGCUGAUGAGGAUCUCGAGCUUCUAAAGACUGCUGAAGAACAGAUAUCAGUUGAUGACCCACAGAGGAUAGACAAUCUUGUCAAAGAUGUUGGCACGGUCAUCAGCAACAAGUUAACAUUUGUUCAGCUGAGGUCAUUCUUAUCAUGUGUAGUUGUGGGUCUGCAGGACAAAUUAGGAGAGUCCUCAUCAGGAGUUGCACUUGUAAUAACCAUAAUAUUUACUCUCCGUGGACAUCAGCUUCACCAGCACAUUAAGGAGAUGCUAGAUUCAAUAUAUACUCGCCUAGAGAAGGUUAGUCACAAAGAGACUCGAAAAAGAUCUGUGGAAGCGCUGACUCGACUGUCUGCUCACAACUUGAAUCUAGUCUUGGAUACUAUGCUCAAUUAUCCUCUUCCAUAUGAAAGUGGUGUGUCAGGUACAUGGCGUAAUUUAGGUCAUGAUCCAAAACUUUGUGAAUCAGCUUUAGAGCAUCUGAAGCAGAUUAUGGAGCGCACCCAGCUGUUUACUGAGCAGCCUACAGCUACUGAGUCGACUGUCAGGAUUGCUACUCUUCCCCCACUCUCAGCUAUUUGUGGUCUCACUGAGCUCAUUCAUGACCUGAGAACUCCUGUUAAGAAUGAGCAAGAAGACAAAGACUGGGAGACACUGGAUGUGAGUGAACCAGAAGAAGAGCUACAAACCUGGCCAGACUCCCAGAAAAUUAUUUCUGAGAAUUUCCCCUCUUUAACAGCACUGCUCUUACUCUCAUAUGGUUCUUAUGUGGGGGUUGUGGCACCACUUCACCAAACAGGGGGCACUAACUCAAAGAGUGCCUUUAAUUUCAUCCCAAACAGAGGAGCAACUGGACUUGUACCAACAAAAAUUGUUCUGCAGUGUCUUAAAUCACUAAUAGAUGUGAUAGACUGCAAAUCUCUCAGUGUUGUUCUGACAAACAAAAUCAGAGAUGAGGAAGAAGAUACCACUGAGAUAUUCCUGCAUAGCUUAUCUGAAGUCACAGCGAUGUUAGUUCAUGAAGCACCUAAACACAUAGAGAAGCUUGUCAAUCAUCUAGACUCUCACCAUGCAUAUGAGAUGCAGAGAGUUACUGUUGCUGCUGUCUUUGCUCAGUUGAUUGCUGAAAAGUGUGGCGGGAACUAUGAACUUCUGGAAAGUAUUACGGAUGGUUUACUGUCAAGGUUGAAUGAUCGAUCUGUACAUGUCCGCCGUCUGGCUGUGCGAGGACUUGCCAAUUUUGCUCAUCUUCAGCAAAAUCAA